UCAAGCAAUUUGGCUCAAGCUGCUGUGACCCAAGUUCUCGACCCUUCGUAUCACUUUCGCGCGGCAGGCACGUCGCUUCGCGGCCAUGCUUCGUGUCGCAGCGUCAGUUUCGGCAACCUGCGCGCUGCUUCGAGUGGCUGUAUCAGCCGACGAGGCAACGGCGGGCGACCAGUGCUCCAUGCCUGGAUGCGCGUCCAGCGAGCAGGUCUCGAUGCUGCAGACUGCCAGGGCGAGACAGGAGGAGGGACGUUCGCUGCAGGCACACAGCGCGUCGGACGCAGCAAAGCUGCCCCGCUCCCGCGGGAGCGGCAACGCGUCGGACGCAGCAAAGCUGCCCCGCUCCCGCGGGAGCGGCAACGUGUCGGACUCAGCAAGGCUGUUCCGCUCUCGCGGGAGCGGCGCUCGUGGCGCGAGCGGGAGGUGGGACGGCCAGACCAGCCUCACCGAGGCCCUCAAUGCUCAGAUUGCGGCCAGUCCAGGGUGGGGCACUUUCCGGGGUGGUGGCAAGGGCAUCCUGGUGCGCGCUCCCGACUUUUUCAACGACGUGAGCAAGAAACCGACGGUGUUGCCAGCGACUUUGUGGUCCAACGACAUUUUUGCUCCUUCCGGCGUGUACCCGAGGACUGACCCCCAGUGCCCAAUGAACGGCGACGACGGCUAUGGUGGCAACCCCGCGGAUUGUAGCCAACCAGGUUGGUGCAACGACUACAGUGAUCGGAACAUUGCAAAGAUGGCCUACGUGGUCGGUAGUUCCAUGGGCGAUAUGUUUUUGGACUACGACAACUUUCAGGAUGACGAUUGGGGCUGGGGCGUUUUCUAUGCGACGGACUCGAACGCAGUGGACAAGCGGUGCCUCUAUGUUGAGGCUGGUUUCACAGUCGAAUCCCCCCUGCGUUUUUUUUUUUUUCGUUGUUUGUUUCAUUUUUUUGCGGAGGGGGGGGGGGAGUCGACUUCUGGUCCGAAUCGUCUACGUCUUCUCGUGCUUUGCUGGCUAUGGCCAGGGGUGGGCCUGUAGCUUCGGUGUGUAGCGUCGAGAGAGGGGUGUCGCCGUGCCGUCGUUUACACUUUCGACUGUGCGGAUUUCGCAGGAUCCGGGUCGUGAUCACGAGAAAAGGGGCCGCAUCCUCUCCCUUUACCGCUGGUGCUUUUGCCCCAACCAUCCUGUGGUGUUAGGUACUCGUUCUGAAGAGACGGUGCCCCACGUCGCCUCUCUCCUCUCCUCUCCUCCUCUCCUCC